AUGCCGUCACACUACUCCCACGCCAACCAGGGCCAUACACGCGACUCACUCGAGCUUGCUUCACUGGCUUCAUCAAGUGGUGCUGGCGGCGCCUACUCCGAAACAGACUCCCGGCCGUCGAUUUCGUCGUCGCGAAAGCUAUCCUUAGAACAAGAUGACCCCCUCGACGACAAUAAUCCGGCAGCGCGGCCAGGCGCGUUUGGGCGGCACCAGAGGUCAUACUCGGUGACGUCAAACACAUUCGACUUUGCUGCCAAUCUCUUCCCGUUAUCAUCAUCUAAUGAGGCUGGGUAUGCGCCCAUAGGCGCCCCGACGGCUGCUGGACAACGUCACGGCGGGCUUGGUGCGACCUUGGAGAAACACAAGACAUUGACAUAUGUGAAUGGGCUGGGCCUGAUUAUUGGGAUAAUUAUCGGGUCCGGUAUAUUCUCUUCACCAAGUCAGGUGAACAUCAACGUCGGUUCACCGGGUGCGUCUCUCAUUGUCUGGGCCGUAGCAGGCGUGCUUGCGUGGACAGGCGCUGCUAGCUACGCUGAGCUAGGAGGAGCCAUACCACUGAAUGGAGGGUCGCAGGCGUACCUUUCGAAAAUCAUUGGUGAGCUGGCAGGGUUUCUGUUCACCUGGGUGGCAGUUUUGGUCCUCAAGCCGGGGAGUGCGGCCAUCAUCUCCAUCAUUAUGGGCGAAUAUCUUGUACGUGCCUUUAUCGGUCCAGAUGCCGAGACGGUCAAUAUCUGGGUCAACAAGGGCAUGGGCCUAGUUGGGCUGUUCGUCGUCACAUUCCUCAACUGUGUGUCGACCAAGCUUGCCACGAGGAUCAACGAUACACUUAUGUUCCUCAAAUUCAUUGCGCUCUUGGCCGUCACUAUUCUUGGAAUCGUCGUGGCCGCGACCGGGCUGUCAUACGCCGGAGACCCAAACACCGAAUGGAAGACGAAGGAUUGGUUUGAAGGCACCAGCACUGAUAUCAGUCACUGGGCAGUGGCUUUAUAUGCGGGCCUGUGGGCAUACGACGGCUGGGAUAACACAAACUUCGUUGUUGGCGAAUUCCGCAAUCCCACUAGAGAUCUCCCGAGGGUGAUACAUACGGCAAUGCCUGCUGUCAUCAUCUGUUAUCUGCUCGCCAACAUGUCCUACUUCCUCGUACUUCCUUUGGCGACCUUGAACUCCUCGAAUGCGGUAGCAGUCUUGUUUGGAGGCAAGAUCAUGGGUCCCAUUGGGUCUUUGGUGUUUGCGCUUGUCGUCAGCGCAUCCUGCUUUGGCUCUCUGAACUCAUCCACAUUCACAAGCAGCCGUCUGGUAUAUGCUGCCGCCAAGGAGGGAUACACACCACCAAUCUUUGGCCGCAUUGGCUUUGCUGCUGCCGAGCCUGGCCUGCAAAUCACGCGUUCCCAGAACUGGUUCGCAAAGCGUCUCCAGCGCGCGUUCGGCGACGAAGAGGCGGGACUCUUCUUCACGCCCGUCUAUGCGCUCAUCUUCAAUGGCCUCAUUACGGCCAUUUACGUCAUCGUUGGCGAGUUCGGCGAGCUCAUUACCUUUUAUGGCGUCGCGGGCUACUCGUUCUAUUUCCUCACCGUCCUGGGUCUCAUCAUCCUGCGUGUCAAGGAGCCGUCCCUCGAGCGCCCGUACAAGACGUGGAUCACGACGCCCAUCAUAUUUUGCUGCGUCAGCUUGUUUCUGCUCAGCCGGGCCGUCUUUGCGCAGCCCCUCAAGACCCUGAUCGUUAUUGCGUUUAUCCUGAUUGGCAUCCCCGUGUACUUCUGGCGGAUACAAGGCCGUGACCAGGUUAUGAAACGGGAGACGGCUGGGUCGCGGUCGGCCGCGCCUGGGUGGCAGUUCUGGAAGAGGUGGUUCUGA